GCGGUCUCCCGUCCAGGUCUCACCGACCUCGACCAAUACGCGUGCACACCAUCCCAUCCACCUGCAAAGCUUUCCCAAGAACUUUUCCAAAACUCCUGCCACGUGAUCCUUCGACCACGUGAUCCUCAAUUAUCUAGUGACAAAACAUCUAUUUUCCAUUGUGAAUUAUCCGUUUAGUGUAUACUGCAAUUACACAACUUAUGUGUCAAAUUGUGAUCAAUAUCGUGCCUUCAAUAUCCGUUUCUUCAAGGUUUAUUUCCAAUCUAAUCUUUGCCAUCACAGCUGAUCAGUUUAUACUCCAAGUUCAUCUAUUGUGCUAACAGUUCACCGGUGGUUUCAAAGUUUUCCAUCAAAUAAUUUUAAUAACAUUCAAAAUUCCUGCUAGAUCAUUAAGUCAUUGGAACAUUUUAUAAAAAAAAAUCAAAGAAUAGUGAUUGUCAUCUAAUAACUAUAAAGAUGCUUCAUCAUUCUAAUAUUCGGACAAUGAUACUUUGAUCAACUAGCAAAAGUGUUGCGCAAAUAUAAUAGGAAAGAAUGACAAUGAUGGUAUCUAGAAAAGUGAUGACUCUUCCGACGGUACGGAGUUUAUAAAUUGACAUCAUUUAUUCAUUCGAUUUGUCUUUAUAUCAUACCUUCACGCUGACAACAUCCCAAUUACAUAUGGAUACUUGCUAUGUCGGUGCUUGAGGACAGCAAGGUAGACAGGACCACUGCGAUGUCACCAUUGGAUGAAGUUGCGUCUCCGACAAGUGUCAAGUCUGAGUUGAUGGUCACUGACAUGCUUGAUGAGCAAGAAACAAGAACAACAAACUGCGGAAAACGAAAACGGAGUAUUGGUGAUGAAGGACUCAGUUUACGAAAACUUCCAUCAUUAAUUUCAUCUCAUUCUACCAAUAAUAACAACAAUAAUAAUAAUAACAGGAAUGAUAAUAAUAAUGAAAACAACAACGAUGUGACUUUUGUAUUGGAAGAAAGUGGAGAUAAUUUACAAGAAGAUAUUGACGACGAUCGCUUGACGAGCCACGGAGGAAUAUCGUCAUUAGGGGGUGGUAAUUCAUCCCCUUAUUCAGGUGCUCAUCAUCAUGGCCACAGGGGUAAUGGCAAUAACGGAGGUGGAAUGCCCCAUCAUGGGGGUGCAUCUUUACCUACAGCAUCAGACUUCCAACCACCCUACUUCCCACCACCUUUCCCAACCCAUCAUCAUGCUCCAGCAAGUCCACAGCAUGGUUUGGGCCAACCUCAACACCUCGAUUAUCUCGUUGGUGAUCCCUACACCCAAACUCUCAACACUCUCCAUCAGCAUCAUUACAAUCAUCUUAGUGCAGCAGUCACAGCUGGCCAGAGAAGUGGAGACCUUAGGAGAGAUGCCGAAAGUAUACACGUGACAAACAUGCAUACAUCGUUUCCGUACGAUGGAAGUCGUGGAAGUGCGGGUGCAGGUGCUACAGGUGGAAGGGGCGUUGAAUAUGGUGCUGUUCGUCGUCCUGAUGCUCUCCUACCACCACCAGGACUCGAUCAAACAGAUCUUGUCUUACACUCAAGUCUUGUUGACGACCCCCAGGUGAGCGACGAUAAUACUAAUGUCGACGAUGGAGGGUUCAUGAACGACUUGCCUCUCUUAAAAAAUAUAAAACAAUCAGAUAGAGGAGAGAAAGGGAUGCUUUCUGGUAAUACGCAACCCCUAGAUGUGUUCUGCUCAGUACCAGGAAGAUUAUCAUUAUUAAGCAGCACUAGCAAGUAUAAGGUCACGGUCGCAGAGGUUCAAAGACGACUCUCACCGCCUGAAUGUCUCAACGCGAGUCUUCUAGGUGGUGUCUUACGAAGAGCCAAGUCGAAAAAUGGUGGCCGAUUACUGAGAGAAAAAUUAGAAAAAAUAGGAUUAAAUCUUCCGGCUGGAAGAAGGAAGGCUGCGAAUGUAACUCUUCUAACGUCAUUAGUAGAAGGUGAGGCUAUUCACCUUGCCAGGGACUUUGGAUAUGUUUGUGAAACAGAGUUCCCGGCAAAGCAAGUUGCCGAAUAUCUCAGCCGCCAACAUUGUGAUCCUCAGGAUUCUUAUAGGAGGAAAGAACUACUCCAUGCCACCAAACAAAUCACCAAAGAGCUGAUGGACCUGUUAAAUCAAGAUAGGUCACCUUUAUGCAAUACAAGACCAGCGUAUAUUUUAGACCCAAGUAUACAAAAACAUCUGACUAAUUUUUCGUUGAUAUCUCAUGGCUUUGGAAGUCCUGCAAUUGUUGCUGCAUUAACAGCAAUUCAGAAAUUCCUGGCAGAAUCGUUAAACCACCUGGAAAAAGUGUAUCCAGGUAAUGGAAGUGGAGUAACGAGCAGUCAACAAUCAAAUCUGGACGCGAAUAAAAACAAGGAUGGAUCUUUAAUGAAUGAUAUGAAGAAGUGACGCCCGAAAGACCCGCCGACCUCAAAUGUGGUCACUUCAAUCGACCAUUCAUGGCCCUACAAUUAACUAAUUUUCACUUAGUCUGUGACUAGUUAACGAAUGUGGACCACUAAUUGUUGUAAAUUAAACUCGGAGGUUGGCUGGUCAGUUGAGAUAACAAAUCAUUCAACUGCGAGUUCAUUAUAUCAUCAUAAUAAAUAAUAAUUGUUUUUUAAAUAAUAUAUAUUUAAAAAUAAAUUCUAAUGUCAAUAAGAUUAUUUGUAUUAAUCAAAAGUUGACAAAAGGAACAAAGCAAUUUCAUUGUAAUGAUGAUCAAAUCAUUCCAUCAUAUGCAUUUAUUGUAUAUUUUUUAAUUCUAAAAUAUGUAUAUAUUAAUUUACGAUUAUCUCUUUUGCCACUACCGAAUAAACCUAAUUUAAAAUAGAGAAAUGAUGAAUAUUUAUGCAGAAUCGAUUAAUCAAAUGAUUUGAAACCAUUUACGAUUAAUAAAUUAUGAUUCGUUUAUAUUUGCAAUAUUUAUGUUCACUGAUCUGGAAAAUCACUGUCAUUAGAAACAGAAAGGUGGUGGGAUUUCUGUCUUAUAUCAUUUGUAUCUCUAUUUUUGUAUUCUUUGUGUUAUUUCUAUUGUUUUCAUGAUUUAAACGCACAAAUUGAUAUUUUCGUCAAAAACAAAAAUAAAAAAAUCGAAAUAUUAUUUCACAUUCAUUGUGCCAACGCUGAACCAUUGCCAUUAAAUAUGUGCCAAUUAUAAUUGUUUGAAGUGAAUAAGGAAAACAAAAUAAAAACUAUGAAAAUAAAAUGACAGCCAAAGUUGCAAUAGAUUAUGAAAAAUUUUGUAAAAAAAAGGAGAAAUUCCAAAAUUAAUGAUAAAUAAUUGAGGAAAAACAACUUAAUGUAAUAAAAACCUGAUUAUGUUAAUUGA